CCUAGUGUCUUGAGGCAGCCAUCUUGAGGCGCCUCCCCUUUCCUUGCAUAUAGCGACGAUAAGCACGCUCUUCCACGCCACGCCUCAUCACCAUGUCUUCCGACGCAUCGCAGCACGACCUGGCCCAUCUGGCCAGCAGCACAUCGACCUCUUCCCACCCCACGGCGGCCUCAAUCGUCCAAACCCUCCAACAGCGUCUUCGCUCCGACCAGCCCUACACUCGCCUCUCCUCCUCCACCCUCGUCGUCGUCAAUCCACUUCGCCCCCUCGCAAACCUCAACGAUGCGAGUGCCCAAGACUACCAGGCGCGCACCUAUGGCGGAGCGACCUGGGAGAAGGAGCGCCAGCCCUCUCCUGAAGAGGUUCUACCCCCUCACCCCUACGAGCUGGCCUGUCGUGCCUACCACAUGAUGCGGCGCACAGGAGAGCCGCAGUCCAUCCUCUCCCUCGGUUCCAGCGAUGCAGGCAAGUCCUUCGCCUCCAAACUCGUCACUGAAGAGCUCUUGCGCCUCGCAUCGUCGCACUCCCGUCAAGAGCUCAAGCAAGCACAACAGCUCAAAGCAUUCGACAUUCUCCUCACCUCGUUCGGCUGUGCAAAGACGAGGCAAAACAGUAAUGCCAGCCGAUUCCACCGCUAUCUGGAGCUGCACUUCACCCAUCAAGGGAGAUUGGCGGGGGCGACCGCUCUGACGUAUGGUUUGGAAAAGGCGCGGCUGGUCCAGCCUAUCGCGAGGGAGGAGAGGUCGUUCCACGUCUUCUAUCAAUUGCUCGCUGGUGCCACACAGCAGGAGAGGGAGGACUUCAAGCUGCAAGAUGUGACCGAAUACGCCCUCCUUUCCUCCUCGGGCUGCUAUCGUCUCCCAGCGGGUGGGGAGGUCAGCGACGAUCGUAUUGCUUUUGAGGCGUUGAGAGAUGCGAUGAAGACACUGGGAUUCAAGGGAAAACACGUCCACGCCAUCUUCACCCUACUGUCCGCCGUCCUCCUGCUGGGCAAUAUCGACUUCACUGACCGCUCUGGGGAGGAAGGGUGCGAGGUGGCCAAUCACGAGAUGCUAGACGAUGUAGCCUCGCUUUUGGGUGUAGAGGCGCACGAGCUGGGCGCAACCCUCACGAAUCGCUCGAGAUGGGUGCGCAAGGAGCUCGUCAGUCAAGUACUCACGAGGGAGGCGGCACAGAAGCAGAGGGACGGCUUGGUGAGGGACUUGUACGCCAUCCUCUUCGCAUUUGUCGUCGAGACGGCCAAUCAUCGAUUCAGCCCUGCCUCGCCCGCUGAAGCGCCACAGCGCAUCGCUCUGCUAGAUAUGCCCGGCUUCCAGCAGCAGCAGGGGCAGACGGCCACCUUCAGCGACUUCAGCAUCAAUGUGGCCAACGAGUGCCUGCUCAACUGGGUCCAACGCGCCCAUGUGGCGCAGCAAAAUGAAAUGGUCGCCGACGGCGUCGAGAUGCCCGAGGAUCUCAUCGUGGAGCAGCAAGAGGACAACACCACAGCCUGCGUCGAGCUCCUCCGCGGCAGCGUCGUAGGCACGCAAGCGACGGACCGCAAGCCAGCGGGCCUGCUGGGCUCUCUCUCCAAGCUAGGCCAAGCCGUGCGAUCGGGCGAGGCAAGGGAGGAAGAUGAGAAUGCUACACAGCGCGAGUUUGACUCCUUUGCCCCCUACGCCGCCUACGUCAAGGGCACCUCGCCCCACUCGUUUGGGGUCAAGCACUACAACUCCCCUGCUCCCACUACGUACAGCCUCUCCUCCUUCCUUGCCCAGGACAUGGAUGUACUCGACUCGGCCUUCGUCCAGCUCCUGCGUCGCUCACACACCUCCUUCGUGGCGCGCCUCUUCGCCGGACCCAGCCUGGCAACUGAGUCUCACCCACACGACCCCAACACGAUAGUCAACGCACAAGUUUCGGCACGCCCUCUCCGCGUCCCCGCGGGCUCUGAGCAGCCCCUUCUCGACCCAUCGAAACACUACGGCGUAACGCGACAGAUGAAUGCGACGCUCAGCAGCAUCCUGGGCGUGGUGGGACACACGCAGCAGUGGCGCAUGUUCUGCAUCCGUCCAAACGACAUCUCCCAGCCCGGUUCCUUCGACACACGCUCCGUCACCGCGCAAGUCGAGUCUCUACGUCUCCCCGCACUCAUCGCGCGCGCCCGAGCCCAGGAGCAAUGGGUGCGCUCCGUUCCCUACGACGAAUUCUGCCAGCGCUACAACGAGUGGAUCGCCGGGCCCUCCGCGGCUGCUGGAGCCUCAGCACCAAGAGAGAAGGCGCAGGCGUUUGUGAUUGCAAACGCUUGGCGGGAGGGAGCGGACUUUGCGUUUGGGCAGGGGAAGGUCUGGCUUGCGUAUGGCGUGUGGAGGAGGAUGGAGGAUCGACUGCGCUCUACAGAGGGAGGGGAGGACCUUGCAGCUCAGUCUGCCGCCUCGAUGUCGCUCGACGCGCUUUCACCUCCGCCGCUGGGCCGCGAUCAGAGUAUGGCGAGCCUGCUUUCUCCCAUGGGCGGGCACGGAGCACUCGCCGGGGGCGCUUCGAGCGAAGAUGAUCUGCUCCUACGCCCUAGGCCGUCGGAUGUCACCAAUCCGUUCAAUACCCCCGGCGCGGACAAGUCGAGCAUCUUCAACGACGCGGGCGGGAUGCUGGCCGGAGCUGGAGCUGGAGUUGGAGCCGGCGCAGGGUGGAACGAGUGGGAGAAGCACAACAAUGCCAACGCAGCUCGCGCUUACGGGGACAUCGACCCAGUCCUAGCAGAGAAGGCCUCCCUCCCGCGCGGCAUCGACGCCGUCGAAGAAGUAGAAACGAGCGCGAUCCGUCGCUGGUGGGUUCGCUUCGUCUGGCUCUUCACGUGGUGGAUCCCCUCGUCUCUCCUCUCCUCCUGCGGCGGCAUGAAGCGCCCGGACGUGCAGAUGGCUUGGCGCGAAAAAGUGACCAUCUGCGCCCUCAUCUUCCUCAGCUGCGCCCUCGUCCUCUUCUACAUCCUCGCCUUUGGACGCAUCCUCUGCCCCAACCAGAACAAGGCUUGGAAUGCCCAGCAGCUCAGCACGCACGCGGGCGAGGACGAUUACUACGUGGCCGUGGCGGGGAAAGUGUACGAUCUGACCAAGUUCUACAAGAGCCAGCACAGCGAUAUCUCCAAUCUGCAGGUGGAUCAGACGACGAUGCUCCAGCUGGCGGGGCAGGACCUCACGCCCUACUUCCCUGUGCCCCUCACCCUCGGCUGCCCGACGCUCGUGACCGACGAGAGCUUCACGCUCACGCUCAACUCGAACCUCACGGCCACCAUCACGCAGGCCGUGCACACCAGCGGGUCACAGCAGGCGGACCAGUCCUCGAAGCUGGCCAACAACCGGUGGUACACGCAGCGCUUCCUGCCCAAGAUGAAGGGAUACUACAAGGGGGACUACGUCUACUCGAAGAAGCAGGUCUCCAACGACUCGAGCUGGCGCACCUGGGCUAUAGUGGAUGAGAAGGUGUACGAUCUCACCAACUACCUGAAUACGGUUUCGACGUCCACGCAAGACUCGAGUGGGGGGCAGGCAGUCGCUUUCCUCGACUCUAGUAUCACGGAUCUUUUCAAGAGUCAGCCAGGGACGGACAUCACCAACGAUUAUCACAAGGCCAUGAAUUCGCUCAGCGCGACAGCUAAGGCCGCUAAUCAGAAUUGUCUGGACAAUGUCUUCUAUGCGGGCAAGACGGAUUUCAGGGACACGGCGAAGUGUCAGGUGCAGAACUACCUGCUGCUGUCCUUCUCGUGCCUCAUCGUAGCCACCAUCCUCGCAAAGUUCAUCGCCGCCCUCCAGCUCACCUCCAAGCGCAACCCGGAGCAGCAGGACAAGUUCGUCAUCUGCCAAGUGCCCUGCUACACCGAGGGCGAGGACGAGCUUCGCAAGACGAUCGACUCUAUUGCGGGCCAGAAGUACGACGAUAAGCGUAAGCUGCUCUUCAUUACUUGUGACGGGAUGAUCGUGGGGAGCGGGAACGAGACGCCUACGCCGAGGAUUGUCUUGGAUAUCCUCGGAGUUGAUCCGAAGGUCGAUCCGGAGCCGCUGAUGUUCAAGAGUAUAGCGGAGGGCUCCAAGCAGCUCAACUACGCCAAAGUCUACUCGGGCCUGUACGAGUUCGAGGGCCACGUCGUCCCCUACGUCGUCGUAGUCAAGUGCGGUCGUCCCUCUGAGCGCACCAAGCCGGGCAACAGGGGAAAGCGAGACACGCAGAUCCUCCUCAUGCGCUACCUCAACCGAGUCCACUUCGACAGUCCCAUGUACCCGAUGGAGCUGGAGAUCUACCACCAGAUGAAGAACGUCAUUGGCAUCGACCCGGCCUUCUACGAAUUCGUGCUCAUGGUCGACGCUGAUACGUCCGUCGAGCCGGAUGGUCUCAAUCGACUUGUGGCGGUGGCGGCGGACGACUCUAGGAUCAUUGCCUUGUGCGGUGAGACAACGCUUGACAACGAAGAGGGUUCUUGGUGGACGAUGAUCCAAGUCUACGAAUACUACAUCUCGCACCACCUCGCCAAAGCCUUCGAAUCCCUCUUCGGGUCCGUCACCUGUCUCCCCGGCUGUUUCUCCAUGUACCGCAUCCGCAGCGCGGACAAGGGUCGCCCCCUCUUCAUCUCGAACCGCAUCAUCGACGACUACUCGGAGAACCGCGUCGACACGCUGCACAAGAAGAAUCUCCUCCAGCUCGGUGAAGACCGUUACCUCACCACCUUGAUCCUCAAGCAUUUCCCAGCAUUCCGUACCAAAUUCACCCCAGACGCGAAAGCGCACACGGCUGCGCCUGAUCAGUUUGGGGUGCUGCUGAGUCAGAGGAGGAGGUGGAUCAACAGUACGGUGCACAACUUGGCAGAGCUGGUCCUCAUGCCUGAGCUGUGCGGCUUCUGCCUCUUCUCCAUGCGCUUCGUCGUCUUUGUCGAUUUGCUGGGGACGAUCAUCCUACCUGCGACGGUCGUGUACUUGAUCUACCUCAUCGUCACCGUGGCGACGGGGCAGGGCCAGUUCCCCCUCAUCUCGAUCAUCCUCAUCGCGGCCGUGUACGGGUUGCAGGCCAUCAUCUUCCUCGUCAAGCGACAGUGGCAGUACAUUGGUUGGCUCAUCAUCUACAUCCUCGCCUACCCAAUCUACUCCUUUUUCCUCCCGGUCUACUCCUUCUGGCAUAUGGACGACUUCUCCUGGGGCAACACGCGCGUCGUCGUCGGCGAAAAGGGCAACAAGAAGAUUAUCGCUGGCACCGACGACGAGCCGUACGACGACUCGAUGAUCCCGCUCGUACGGUUCAGCGAGUACCAGCGCGAUGUGUGGGAGCAUGGCGGGACCGUUCGUGGCGAAGGUGAUGGGAUGAGCGUUUACUCCGGCGCGCCAGGUGUGGGUGGUCCGCUCGGUGGUGGCUUUGACUCGCCCUUCGGCGGAGGGCCAAGCCACCCGCCCAGCAUGUACAAGGUGCCCUCCUACGCUGGCUCGGCCGUGGGCGGAGACAAUGCCUCUACGUACGACUACUUCCAGACGACCAACGUCCUGGGCCGCAAUGGCUCGCCCGCCCAUUCUCGCGCCAGCUCUUACGGUUUCGCCGGCCAAGGCGGCGGAGGCAGCCCCUCUCGUCCAGGCUCGCGCGCUGCGUCGACGAUGUUCAAUCCUGGCAACAACAGCGGCGGCGGCGGUGGCGGCAUGCCCCGUGCACCUUCGAUGUCGAUGCUGAGCGGCAACGCGCUGCAGCACAAUCCCAACGCCAACGCGAUGAUGACCCCAUCCUUCUCCACCGGGUCCAUGUGGGGCAUGCCCUCCUACUCCUCUACCUCGAUGCCAAUGGGAACGCCUCACCCAACCACAAUGUCCAUGUACGGCGGCUUCCCCUCUUUGCCUUCGAUGGGCACCCCAGGCAUGGGUAUGGACAAUCGCUCCUCCAUGAUGCUGUUCGGCGCCUCGCCUAUGAUGCCCGCGGGCGGCAUGAUGGCCAACCCCUUUGCGCCCAGCAACCCCGCCUCCCCCUCCGCCGCCGCUGGUGGCAGCGCCGCCCUUGGCCGUAACGAGGAGCCCAACCCGUCUGAAGAGGAGCUGCGAACCGCCAUCAUCACCUUCCUUGGCGCGCAGGCGGACCUGUACCACGUCACUAAGCGGCAGGUGCGCACGGCUGUCGAGGAUUGCUUUGUCAAUGCGGACCUCAAGAGUAAGAAGGCCACGCUUGAUCGACUUAUUGAUGCCGUGCUCAAGGGCGAGUAGCGGCGGCGUCGCGCAAGACGAUGGACACUACCGAUACGUUUCCAUAGAUCGAUUCGAAAUGCUCCUCCAUUCUCCCUCCCCCGAGCACGUAAAUGCCUACUCAGCCUUGUAUCAAAGCACGCGCACACGCACAUAACAACAUGACUCUACGACACUCCACGGUCACAUCACAUAGCCUCACGCACGCACGCACACACACACACAGAUAGUCUCGAUUCUCCCUUUG